GGAAGUAGGCGGGGGAGAUUCUUGGACCUGCAACUUCCGAACGGCCCUGGUAGGAGGCGGUGUCAGGGUGGGGCGGGCCUGAGGAAACGGCUGGGGCCCAGUGGCCCUUACCAGUGUCCCGCUGCCUGUCUUUGCCCGGCCCUGCCCCUUCCUCCAUCGAGCCAGAGACCAGGAUGCAGACAUCAGAGCCUGAAGGGAAUGGUCCGGAGGUGAGCCCCAGCGUGAUGCCUGAGGCUCUCCCAGAGUCUCCAUCUGUCCCUAUCAAGUCCCCAGCGUUUGAUCUUUUCAACUUGGUUCUUUCCUACAAGAGGCUGGAGAUCUACCUGGAACCCCUGAAAGAUGCAGGUGACGGUGUUCGAUACUUGCUCAGGUGGCAGAUGCCUUUGUGUUCCUUGCUGACCUGCCUGGGCCUCAACGUCUUGUUCCUCACUUUGAAUGAGGGGGCAUGGUGCUCAGUAGGAGCCCUGGUGAUUUCGGUACCCGCCCUGCUGGGCUACCUUCAGGAGGUUUGCCGGGCACGGCUGCCCGAGUUGGAGCUGAUGCGGAGGAAGUAUCACAGCGUGAGGCAGGAGGACCUGCAGAAAGUUCGCAUGUCUCGCCCUGAGGCUGUGGCUGAGGUGAAAAGCUUCUUGAUCCAGCUGGAGGCCUUCCUGAGUCGCCUGUGCUGUACCUGCGAAGCAGCCUACCGGGUGCUGCAUUGGGAGAACCCUGUCGUGUCCUCACAGUUCUAUGGGGCUCUCCUGGGCACAGUUUGCAUGCUGUAUCUGCUGCCACUCUGCUGGGUCCUUGCCCUUUUAAAUAGCACGCUCUUUCUGGGGAAUGUGGAGUUCUUCAGAGUGGUGUCUGAGUACAGGGCAUCUCUGCAGCGGUGCAUGAACCCCAAGCAGGAAGAGCAUGCCUUUGAGAGCCCACCGCCACCGGAUGCUGGGGGGAAGGGCGCUGUGCUGGACAGCACACCUGCCCUCACACCCACGGAGAGUCUCUCUUCCCAGGACCUCACUCCAGGUAGUGUGGAGGAGGCCGAAGAGGCUGAGCCAGAUGAGGAGUUUAAAGAUGCAAUUGAGGAGGAUGAGGAGGGUGCCCCGUGCCCAGCAGAGGAUGAGCUGGCCCUGCAGGACAAUGGGUUCCUGAGCAAAAAUGAGGUGCUGCGCAGCAAGGUUUCCCGGCUCACAGAGCGGCUCCGCAAGCGUUACCCUACUAACAACUUUGGGAACUGUACAGGUUGCUCUGCCACCUUCUCGGUGCUGAAAAAGAGGCGGAGCUGCAGUAAUUGUGGAAACAGCUUCUGCUCUCGAUGCUGCUCCUUCAAGGUGCCCAAGUCCUUCAUGGGGGCAACAGCCCCUGAAGCCCAGAGAGAGACUGUGUUUGUGUGCGCCUCGUGCAACCAGACUUUGAGCAAGUGAGAAGAGGUGCCAGGGUCCAACUGGGCGCCAGACCCUGGGGCCAGCAGCAGACCUCCCCACCCCAACCCCUGGCUCCCUGUGGUGUGUACUGGGCAGAUGUAGCCUGGAUGCUAGGUAGGCAUCCCCUUUCCUUCCCUCACUGCCUCCAGCUGGGUUCUGGAGCUGUCCCCCACUCCUGCAGGUCGCUGACAUGCCAUCUAACCCUAGGGGAGAGGAGUCCCCUGGAGAGCUUGGUGUGUGUUCCCUGCUCUGCUUUGGGCUUUUAGUGGACUCAGGGCUGGGCAGGAAAUAUCCACUAGAGGGCAGCAGCGAGCUAGGCCUGAUCCAGCUGGGCUCAGAUGAUCAGGGCCACUGUGGCCACACUUGGGAAAUUCUAGGAGACCUGAGGUUGGGAAAAGUGUUCUUCCCUUUCAGUGUAUUGGGCCAGGCCCAGCUCUUGUGCUCGAAUGUUCCUUCAUGUACCAGGAUCUGAUCAUUUUCCCAUCAGAGGGUGUGGCCCUGGCUAACAAGACCAAGCGUGCUUCUAGAAGCAGCACUGAUGUUCCCAAGUUCCAGAGGAGAAUGUGUAUAGAAGGGUUGGCCGAGUCCUUCAGUGUUAAGUGGAGAAAAGCAUGGAGAGAUCCUAACAGCUCAAAGGACCUUAGCCCCCUGCCUUGCAGAGACUGACUUGCAGAUCUCAGCCCACAUAAUGCCCUGGUGUCCCCCCAGCUCCACUGAGCAGCAGCAGUAUACUCAAAUCACUCAUUUUUCUCCUGCCGAGUAUCUAGGCAGCUCUCCCCUGUCCCAGCAUUCUGUCUGCCUUCCCUUGCCCCUCGUCCCGUGCAGUGUGAGGCCAGGUCAGCAGAGUAGAAGUCCUGGAGCCUUGGAGAACUGGGAAGUACUGGGUCUCCCUGGGCUGGGUGCUGGAUUCCUGGGCUAUUCCCUGGAGAACAGUCUGAAUUAUGAGAUAUGGCCAAUUUGGGUUCCCAUCCCCUUUCCAACAAUUUUAUGUUCAUUUCUGGAUUCUUAGGGGCUCUCAGUGUCUCUCCCUGAGCCAUGAGCUGGCUCAGGCACCCCUUCCCUGCCCUGCCUUUUUGAAGUAUUUAUUUAUUUAUUGCAUGGUUCUUGGGAACAUGUAGCACAGGGAAUGGGAUGAAAAGGGGGGCCUCUACCACUUAGAACUUUGGGUUGUGGGCUGCCUGGGGCCCAGAACCAAAGAUGGCUGAGAAGUUUCUGUACCCGAGGAGGCAGGAUGAGGAGACAAGGGACACAUCUUAGGCCAGCUUUCUCGCCAGGCCACGCAGUUUAGCUUGGGCUUGGCAGUCAGGGACCCAACCCAGGCCUCUGGAGGUGCCCAUCCCUGGGGAGCCAGGCGGGACUUGGUAUCCCCCCUUUGUUCUGUUAUAGGAUGAGAGAACUAAGUAUCUUGUACUUUGUGUAUACUGGAGAGGAAUGAAAAUGAUCUAUGUGUAUAUGGAGCAUUAUUAAUAAAAAGCCUCAAGCUGCUUA